GCCGCCUUUUAAACGACGAUGUAGCGCGGCCUCCGAAAAAUCGGGGAUCUCGUGCACUCGCGUCGGCCAAGAUCACUGUCACGAUCGAGAUCGAAGCACGUGUUCCGUCUGUAGGAUCACGGGGAAUCGUUGCGAUCUGAGCCACCAUUUUCUCUCUCGUCGGUGGAAAAACAGGACCUGAGAAGAGAAAGAAGACGAGGAAGAGGAAGAUUGUGAAGAAAGUUGUACCGAGUCCUUCUUCGCUCGUUCGUUUGCUUCAACGACCUUUUUGUGUUCACCCGAGACUAUUUUAGUUCUUUUUUUUUUUUUGCAUCGAAAGACUGUGUGAUACGGUGUGCCAAGUGAAAUUUCACGUUCCAGUUGGACAAUCGUAGAGGAGAAAAGAGACCGAGAUAAUGACAGUCAUGGUGGAGUCUGUGAAAGCUGAAGAGGGCGAACGCCCGAAGAUCGAGACCUUUGACGACAUCCUACCGUACGUAGGCGAGGCCGGCCGCUACCAAUGGUUCCUUUUCAUCGUACUCCUGCCCUUCACCUUCGUGUACGCGUUCCUCUACUUCACGCAGUUCUUCAUCACGCUGGUGCCAGCGGAGCAUUGGUGCACCGUACCAGACUUCGAACGAUGGAACCUCACCGAGGAUGAACAGAUCGCUUUAGCAAUACCUCCAGCGUCGACGGAAGAGCUGAAGAUCGAAGGAGCGACCGCGUUUUCACGAUGCAACAUGUACAAUGUGAACUACACUGAAAUAUUGGAGAAAGGUAUCAGACAGUCGGACCCAUCCUGGCCGAUCAAACCGUGUCAGAAUGGAUGGACGUUUAAUCAUACGAUGAUACCGUACAAGUCGAUAGCUGUCGAGCUGGAGUGGGUCUGCGACCAUGCAUUCCUCGGCUCGGCAGCCCAGUCUGCCUUCUUCGUGGGCAGCAUGCUUGGCGGGCUGAUAUUCGGCUACAUAGCCGACCGUCAUGGCCGAAUUCCAGCGUUGGUCGCGUGCAACGCGGUUGGUUUCAUCGCUUCCAUUGGCACCGCGUUCUGCAACAGCUUCUGGAGCUUCUGUCUGGCGCGAUUGGUCGUCGGUACUUCCUUCGACAACUGCUUCAACGUGCUCUUCAUCAUCGUGAUCGAGUAUGUCGGCCCGAAAUACAGAACACUGGUGGCGAACAUGUCUUUCGGUCUUUAUUUCGCUGCAGCAGCGAGUCUUCUGCCAUGGAUCGCUUACUGGAUCGCGAAUUGGAGGAUCCUCAGCAUAGUCACCGCGUGUCCUAUGGUGUUUGCCUUGUUAGCGCCGUGGAUCGUUCCCGAAAGUGCACGUUGGUACAUCACCAGCGGGAAGAUCGACAAAGCGAUCGAGAUGUUGAAGAAGUUCGCGAAAGUGAACGGGAAAGAGGUGAAGCAGGAGAUAUUCGACGAGUUCGAAAAGAGCUGCAGAUCUAUGAACGAGAAGGACCAGUCGCACAAUCAGUACACCGUCCUGCAUCUGUUCAAGUUGCCACGACUCGGUCGUAUCACCAUCAUGCUUGUCAUUUAUUGGCUGCUUAUGGUGUGGGUAUUCGACGGCCACGUAUGGAACAUGAAACUUCUCGAUCCUGACGUCUUCAUGUCGUUCUCGCUGGCCUCACUCACGGAACUUCCGGCCGCCAUUCUGCUCGCCGUCUUCCUCGACAGAUGGGGAAGACGAUGGAUGGGUUUCGCGUCGAUGUUCCUCUGUGGCGUUUUCUCUUUUCUUGCCCUAAGCACCCCUCAUGGUGCGCCAACGGUCACCAUGGCGAUCAUUGCGCGUCUUGGAGUGAAUAUCGCGGCGAAUAUCGGUUUCCAAUACGCUGCGGAGAUGCUGCCUACAGUGGUGAGAGCGCAAGGUGUAUCUUUGAUCCAUAUAAUCGGCUACGUCGCUCAUAUUUUGGGACCGUACAUAAUCUACCUGGCCGACAUAGAUCCAGCUCUACCUCUGGUUGCUCUCGGACUAUUGUCUUUCGGGCACGCUUUCUUGACCCUUGGUCUACCGGAGACCCUGAAUCAGGAUCUUCCGGAGACUCUUCAAGAAGGUAACGACUUUGGCAAAGAGCAAAGCUUCUGGUGGAUCCCCUGUGUAUCUUCAAGCAAGAUGCUAAAGAAAUCUUCCAGAAAGAAGAAAGGUCUGUCGAAUCCAGCCUUCACCGGCAGUGUUCAAAAGAUGGACUGCACUAGAUUAUAGCGACUGGUCGAGUCGUGUGAAACUUGCCAAAUCCUUUGUAAAUACACUUAGUUAUUAAAAACGUGCGAGUGUGAUGCUAGAUGUUAAGGUAUCGUGAACAUAUUGAGAGAGAGAGAGCUGUUGAGAGGCGUAUAGAAGAAACGUGAACGUUUGCAGCGUAGUGAAAGAGACAAGAGAAACAUCUGAUUCUGCGAGGUAUAUACAGCUACGUAUUGAUUAAUUAAAAAAGAAAGAGAGAAAGAAACAUAUUCGGCAUGUGGUAAGAGAACAAUUGAACUCAGUAUUGAACGCGUGUAUUAAAUCUAUUACAGUAUUUAUACGAUUUUGUUACUGAAAACUUGAGAGAAAAGAACUAUUUUUUUCUUCUUUUUUUUACAUACUACAUAUACAUAAAUAUCGACGAAGCUUGAAAGUUUCUUUCAUCGAAGUUCCAAACGAUGAGGAAGUUGUAAGAUCGAAUCGACGAAACACGAUUUGCGGUGAAUUUGUCGCUAGAUUCGAGAUGUAAAAUAGAGCCAAAAGAACCAUCAACUUGUCUCGUUUACUUCGAAAUCGUCGAUACUUUGUAUCUGUAAGCUCGAGUUGGAGAGGUUCGAUCGACCUUUUGAACCGAAGUUGCUUAGGCGUUUGCUCAAAUGAAACACGGUUUCUCGUCUUUCGUUUCUUCGUUCAACGCUGCAAAGAUCAGAUGGAGAAUCUUCAACGUCGACGCCUUUCUUUUCUACUUCAGUAUUAAGAAGAAUUAAAAAAAGAAUACAGUGUCACAUGACACGAAACACCCUUUAGAAAUCGCAAUGCGAUGAAUUUCGCGGAGUUUUAAAGGUUCUACAUUAACCAAGAUCGAAACUUCGUCACGAGCUCGACUAUAAAUAUUCUUAGAUAGAAAUUCUCAUCCGCGAAGAGAUACGGAUGUACAGGGUGUCUCUGCAUAAACCUGAGAAUCCUACUUUCUCUUUAACCAUGGGAGAAACGUUGAAAAUAUAGAAAUCAGUUUAUACUCAGACACCCUGUAUUUCAUCCAAGCUUGUUCCUUUCGGUCCUUCGUUCAUCCCGAAUGCUCAAUAUGUGUCAUUCCCCAGCGAUGAUUCUAGAUGUUAGGCUCAUUCGCGUACUUAUGAGACUAGGUACCUGCUUCCAGGCUUCGAUUCAACGAAAAUCCACCGAUGAAUCUAUACUACAUAGAUUAUUCCACUCUUUACUCUUCGCUAUUGAAAAGAAAAAAAAAAACGAAAGAAAUGUUUCUCUGACACGCGAUCGUUUCUCAGAGUCGCAGAGAUAUUCUUCUGAGAGACAUUCCUCACUUUUUAGCGAUUCAACUCUGUUAUAUGUACAUACACUAAUCGUUGGAACCUCCAAUAUCGUAUAGAGAAAGUACAAGAAAGAAUUCGUCGUAGUUCGAUAUAGAAAGAAUUCACACGCGACACCUUGUAAUUAAAGUGUAACUUUUGUCUAUUGUAAUGAUCGUAAUUGUAAGACAAAGCCAGGCUAAACGUUGAGUGGUGAACUC